CGCGCAGACGACAGAGGUGCAGCUGACUUGUACAUAUUCAAAAUGUAUGGUCAAAUUCACGUCAUUGUGCAAGCUCUGAUCAAAACAAAGUUUGGAGAAGAAAUAUGGAAGAAAAUUUUAGAUAAAUCAGGAUUUGAUGAUCCAGAUUUCUUGGUGUUUCACUACUACACAGAUGAGAGGACAUUAACUUUAGUGGGUGCUGUGUCUGAAGUGCUUGACCUCCCUGUUGAAGCUGUCUUAGAAGUGUUUGGGGGUUACUUCUACACAUACUGUAAAGAGAAUGGCUAUGAUAAGAUGUUGGCAACCCUUGGAGGUGACUUCGUCAGCUUUAUUCAGAAUCUUGAUUCCCUUCAUGCUCUAUUGGCCAUGACCUAUGAAGAAAUUGAAGCUCCAUCAUUCAGGUGUCUCCCUAAAGAAGAUUGCUCUGUUGAGCUCCAUUACUACACCAACAGGAAGGGUUUACAUCCUAUUGUAAUUGGAACUUUGAAGGAGUUGGGAAGUGAUUUGUUUGGCCUAAAGUUGGAUAUCACUGUGGAAGAUCGUGAAGAACUUCAGAUUGAUGCCAACACUAUUCAGCAACAUGUCACUUUCAAAGUAAUGGGAGCAUUAGAUAAGAAAACUGUUGCCAAGGCAAAGAAGGUAGACUUCGAACCAUACUUUCCAGAGGACUACAUAACCUCUUCUAAAAGUAUUUGUACUGCUCUACCAUACCAUGUUAUCUUUGACAAAGAUUUAGAAGUACGACAGACGGGGGAGUACUUGCAGCGAUUGUGUCCAAAGCUUUCAGAGACUGGAACAAAUCUAGCUGAUAUAUUUGAACUUCACCAUCCAGUUAUGGCCCUCACAUAUCCUAACUUGUUGUUCUUCAUCAAUGCAUCGUAUGUUCUAACUAUUAGAAAUGAAUUUGUCGUCAAGCACAAAAGAUCAGAAAUAGCACAUCAUAAUAUGGAAGGUCAAAUGGUAUAUUUAGACAAUGGUCACAUUGCCUUCAUUUGUUCUCCACAACUGAACUCCCUUGAAGAGAUGAUGUCAAUGAAUGUCUUCUUGGCCGACAUUCCAAUGUUUGAUGUCACCAGGAAACUUGUGUUGCUCAGUCAACAGCGUAAUGCUGAAAUUGAAAUCAGCAAGAAACUUGAUGAGACAACUGCUGCUUUGAAGCGCACAAUGAAAGAGCUGGAUAUUGCCAAAGCCAAAGUGGACAGUUUGCUGAAUGAGAUGUUGCCACCUAAAGUCUCAAAACAAUUGCAGGAAGGGAAGAAAGUGGCGGCAGAAAAGUUUUCUGGUGUCACCAUCUUCUUUAGUGAUGUGGUAAAGUUCACCAACAUUUGCGCUGCUGUGACACCUGUGGAUGUCGUUGCUAUGUUGAACGAGUUAUACAUGCAUUUUGAUGGUCUCACUGUCAAGCAUGAGGUCUACAAGGUGGAGACAAUUGGUGAUGCUUACAUGGUGGUAUGUGGUUUACCUGAAAUAGAUAAAAGCCAUUGUCAGAAAGUGUGUAGUUUUGCCCUAGACAUGGUCAUCUAUGCUGGUAGGGUCAGCUCCCCUGCUACUGGAGUCCCUCUUGUGAUCCGUGCUGGUUGUCAUACUGGACCAUGUGUCGCAGGGGUAGUGGGAGACAAGAUGCCCCGCUACUGUCUCUUUGGAGAUACUGUCAACACUGCAUCCCGAAUGGAGAGUAAUGGCCAGGCAGGCAGAGUCCAUAUCAGUGAUCCAACUCAAAAGCUUCUGAAAUCUGCGAAGGAUUGGAAGUUUAAGACCAAGUUCCGUGGUCCAAUGGAAAUCAAAGGUAAGGGUCAGAUGAAUACCCAUUUCCUCUAUGCCGACAAGUAUAAGCAGAUUGAGCACGAUGAUGAAAAUGAGGCUCUUCUUAUUGUAAAUGGGGCUCAUUUGUCCCACCCUGAAUGGAUCCUACCAGGAGGUCCCCCUGCUGGAGCCGUAGACCCUGCCACAGCCAUUGGAAACACAGCCCCACCUGAUGGUACAGCAGUGAAACAAUCUAUGGAUUCGAAGAAGAAAUCAGGAACUUGCAAUCUCUCAUAAAAUCAUGGACAAUAAAUAUCUGACAAUAAAAUGCACAUGGAUUAUUACAGAAAAAUAGGCAAUUUACUACCAAUAUGAACGCACCUUCUGCAUAAAAAUCCAAAUUAUCAAAAAAAAAUUAUUCAGUAAAAUAUAUAUUAUGUGAAGACCUUUUGGGACUUGUUUUGAAUGAGACAUUGACGUAGUGCAAACUUAAUUGUAUUUUUUAUAUUUACUGGAGAGUGGGGCCAGCUAAGGAGUGUCAGCAUUUAGAAGGUCGGUUAUUAUCAAUAUGGAUAGUCAAUGGAGGGAAACAUUAUCCAUCACAAAAGGUGUUUACAUAAGACAUAUGUUAGAUAAAGACUUGCUUACACAGCAAAAUAACUAUCAGACUAUAAAAUGGCAGUACUAAAAAGCCUGUAAUAUAAAUAUUGUAAAUACAUCAAAGCCAGUAGUAGAAGUAUUAUAAAUAGAAUAAUAUUCAGAAAUGUUGCUCAGUUUAAAGGUUGUGUGGUAAUAACUAUAAAUAAUAGUGUUAAAUACUUUACUCAAUUAAAAGUUGGUUAUUACCAUGGUGAACUCUAUAUGUUAACAUGCAUCUUUUGUGCAUUGUUUUUUAAAAUCCCAAAAGUUCUAGACAAUGUAAAUAGGAUUAUAAUGUUGAAUAACUAUCAGUAUAUCUUUUAGUUGACAUGCAUUUUUUGUGCAUGGUUAAAUAGACUUAUUUAUAGUGAUGUAAAAUCACAAUGUUGUAUUUGUUGGACCAUGAAUAUUAUAUGCUUAAAAGCAAGUAAAAUAAAAUGUGCCAAAAAAUAAGAACUUGUUUUUUCUAGGAUACCUAUAAUUAAGAAUGAAAAAGUUAUACAUAUUUUUUCAGCUUGGCAAGUGGUGGAGUCAGCAAGAUGGAUUAAUUAGAAAUUUUCAGCAACGUUCUCUGUGUCUAUAAUACAAAAUAUUUGUACUUCUGUUUUAUUACAUAAAUCUUUAUUUACAAUACUGCAUUCUUUAAGCAUCUAUUUACAUACUGCUCAUUCUUUUUUUCAAAUGAUUGCUCAUGGCUUGAGAAAAUUUGUUUUCUCAUGGUAUAAUAUCCUUCAACUAAUAUAUAACAAUGAUCUGUUCGUAGUAAGCAUGUUAAGGCAUUAAUGGGUGCAUGUAGCAUACUACUACUCAUUUCAAUAUCCAUUUGAAGGCCCUGUGUCAAGUUGAAAAUGGACCAAAUGGUGCUUCAAAGCCACUUUAUGAGUUGAAAUAGUUUAAACUUUACAUGGAGCCAUUUAUAAUUUUGUCGACCAAAUACAAUGCAUCUCCAAUAAAAUUUCAAAAAUCC